AUGAAGCUUUUCAGCACUACUUCAAUUGUGGCUUUGACCGGUCUUUUACAACUGUUACCUACCGUGUACGGAGUUGUAUAUUUCCAAUGUAAAAGUGGCGAAAUUAUUGAUUGGACAGAAAUUUCAGAAUGA